AUGUCUGCCCUCGAACAACAUACCAACGAGAAGGAGGCCCGCACGCCUCCUCACGUCGGCUCUCAAGACGGCUCCUCCAACGAGGACCUUGAGCGAUCGCCCAAGGGCUUCAAAAAGGACGGAGACGUUAGGGACGACCUUGUCGAGGUGAGCAGCACCGCCGAUUCCGACGAAGUGGCCGCUGCUGCACGCGUCAAGGAAGCCCAGGAAGGCGGCACUAUCAAGUACCGCACACUCUCUUGGCAGAAAGCUGCCAUUCUUCUAUUCACCGAGUACGUCUGCCUGGCUAUCCUGGCGUUCCCCUGGGCUUUCAGUUACCUUGGUAUGGCCGGCGGUCUUCUCGCUACUCUCGGUGUCGGCCUCGCGGCCCUCUACACCUCACUCAUUCUCUGGAGAUACUGCCUCAAGCACCCACACAUCCUCAACAUUUGCGACAUCGGAUACCAGAUCUUUGGCAAGAGCAAGAUCGCCUACGAGCUUACUGCACUCGCCCUCGUUCUCAACAAUGUCUUCAUCAUGGGUCUCCACACCCUGACCGGAUCAGAGAUCUUGAACACGCUUUCCAACCACGGUACCUGCACCGUCGUCUUCUCGAUCGUCAUUAUGCUUGUCAGCAUCCUGCUCACUCUCCCUCGAAAGCUGGAACAGCUUACUGGCUUGGGAAUCGUUUCGGCCAUCUCGAUGUUCAUCUCGAUCAUGCUCGUUUUGAUCUUCACCGGCAUCCAAGGACCCAAUCCUGCCGUCGAAGACUUCGACGCCCCUGUUUUCAUCACUGCUUUUGCGCCCAAAGGGACCACUUUCGUUUCGGGCUUCGGCGCCUUUUUGAAUAUCGUGUUUACAUGGAUAGGUCACAUUAUGUACCCCACCUUCAUUGCCGAAAUGAAGGACCCGCGCGAAUUCCCUAAGGCGCUGUACGCCGUAACAGUGGCCGAAUUCGUCCUCUUCAGCGUCACGGGCAUCGUUGGCUACCGUUACACUGGUCAGUACACCACCGCUCCUGCCGUGGGAACGCUCCGACCGGUCUUCAAGAAGAUCGCCUUCGCCUUUGUGCUCCCGACUACGAUUAUUAUCGGCGUCCUCUACGCGUCAGUCGUCGCCAAGUACCUCUUCAGCCGACUCACCAUGGGCACCAAGCACUACAACAACCACACCGUCCUCGGUUGGACCGUCUGGGUCGGCUGUGUCACCGUCACUUGGGUCCUCGGAUGGGUCAUUGGGGAAGCUGUGCCAUUCUUUGGCUCCCUGCUCUCCCUGAUGAGCGCUCUGUUCGACUGCUACUUCGGGUACAUCUUCUGGGCGUUCGCCUUCUUCGAGCUCAACAAGGGUCAGCUUUGGGUCGGCCAGCCCUGGCUGCGCAAGGUCGAGACGGCUUUCCAGUACGUCCUCAUCCUCGCAGGACUCUUCAUCUUGGGCCCAGGCCUCUACGCCUCCGUCCAGUCCAUCAUCGACAACUAUGCCACCGGAAGCAUCAAGGCCCCCUUCACCUGUGCUAACAACGCACUCUAA